AUGCUUUGGAAACAGCAAACUACAAUUCUAAUUUUGGUUCCUUCAAAGUCAGUACCUUCAACUCCAAUAGAAUUGUGGACUGGGCGAAAGCCAAGUUUACGGCACAUUCGGGUUUGGGGUUGUCCAGCACAUGUGCUGAAAGGGAAAGAGGAUAAAUUGGAAUCAAGGACAGAAGUAUGCAUUUUCAUUGGAUAUCCAAAAGGAACAAACUGCGGUUUGUUUUAUUUGUCCCAAAGAAAAGAAGACUCAUCCCUUGAACGUAUCCCGGAAGCCAGCAUUGACAUAUCACUGCAGUAUCGUAGUGGGAGAAAUGUCAAUAGGCAGCAGAUUGCACAAGAACAACCUCAGAUUGUUGAGCAACCUCAGGUUGUUGAACAACCUGAAAUUGUUAUGCAACCUGAAGAAUCCGAAGGCCCCUCUGACCGCGGUCCUGGCGUAACCGCGAUAGGACUGCGGCAGGACAAUGCCUCUGAUUCUGCAGGCCCCUCUGACCGCGGUCCUGGCGUAACCGCGGUAGGACCGCGGCAGAACAAUACCUCUGAUUAUCAGAGCCAUUUUGGGCGGGAUCCUGCACUCCAGGAAGAAGUCAAUGAUAUCUUAGCACCUCUUGGUGUGGAAAAUAACAUUGAGGCCUCAGUUCAAGGAAGUGGUGAUGUGAUUCAACAACAAAAUCAGCCUCCACCUGUAGUGACUAGUCGUAGUGGGAGAAUUAUUAGAAAACCUCUCCGGUUUGUGCUCUUGGGAGAAUCUUAUGAUAGAAUCCCUGAAGAGCCUAAUACAGAACCUAUUAAUUACGACGAAGCACUACAUGAUACAGAUGCUGAUAAAUGGGUUGAUGCUAUGAAAUCUGAAAUGGAGUCCAUGUACUCAAAUCAAGUCUAG